ACUAUCUCUGUCUCUCUUGAUCUUUCUCUCGCGCGUACACCGUUCAUUACUAUAGUUUUCAGUGAGUCCGUGUGUACGAGACUUCUUACAAUACUUAGUUGGUGCUUAGGCGGUGAACAGUCGCGAGUCGCGAUAUCACGGUAUCGAGAAAGUAUUGGCAUCUGAUGCAUUGUUUCACUAUUCGGUGAAAAAAUCGCCUAUGUGCUUUCAUGUGAAUGCACCCCGAUUUUCUAUUUUUCCAUGAUCCCCCGUACGGUUUCCAAUAUGUGUCAGUGAAUGUUUAUUACAAAUUUACCAACUCUGCUGGCCAUACCAAAAAUGUCGAAACCCGGUGACAAACAAACCUACGCGCAGACAUAUAAACUAGUCGUCGUGGGUGGGGGUGGUGUUGGAAAAUCUGCAAUCACGAUACAAUUCAUUCAAAGUUAUUUUGUAACUGAUUAUGAUCCAACCAUUGAAGAUUCUUAUACAAAACAAUGCGUCAUCGACGAUGUUCCUGCCAAACUUGAUAUAUUGGACACAGCAGGCCAAGAAGAAUUUAGUGCAAUGCGUGAACAGUACAUGAGAAGUGGCGAAGGCUUUCUACUAGUAUUUUCAGUAACAGACCAUUCAUCUUUUGAUGAAAUGCUAAAAUUCCAUAAGCAGAUUCUAAGAGUAAAGGACCGUGAUGAAUUUCCAAUGCUCAUGGUUGGAAACAAAGCAGAUUUGGAUCAGCAAAAAAUUGUCUCUGUUGAGGAAGCACAAAAUAUGGCACGCCAAUUAAAAAUUCCUUAUAUAGAAUGUAGUGCAAAAUUAAGAAUGAAUGUUGACCAAGCUUUCCAUGAAUUAGUAAGAAUUGUCAGGAAGUUUCAAUUAUCUGAAAGACCACCAUUAAAACAAAAUUACAAGAAAAACAAAAAGAAAUGUUGCAUGUUGUAAUUACAAUUACCGAUGUGUUCAUAAUUAACAAAACGAUAUAACCGAAUUAAUUAAAAUGAAAACAUAGCUGCAAAAUAAAAAAAAAACGAUUUUAAUAACAGUUGGUGGAAUGCAAUAUGCAUGUGAGUUGAUGUUUAUUAUUAAAAUAAUUAUGGAACUUCAUAUAAGUACAGAAAUGGAAGAGAUAUUAAAUGAAUAACUUUUUCUAAAGAUUUACAUAACCAUUUGCUUUAGAUGAUAUAACACAUAUGAUUAUUUUUUUAAAACUACUUACAUGAUUUGUAUACUUUGGCCUGUGGAAGGAAAGAAAAGGGAUAGUAUUCAUUAUAUAUUUUAUAUGGUACAAUUUGGUUUAUCGAAUUUUGUUUACGUCUUUAAAAUAUUUAUUACAUAAAGAGGUUAGAAAUUGUCAGACUGAUAAGUAAUUAUUUGAACGAGGUAAAUGUAGUUGAAUCAAACGCAACGGGGCCUUAAUUAAAAUAAAAUAUAAGGAUAUUUGUCAUAUAGGGUAUUAUGUUUCUUAUACUUACAGCAAUAAAGAAUAUUGCACAGAUUUACAACGAAGGAAAUUCAAUUCAAAUGCAUUACAAAUUCUUCUAUGCAAGUUUUAGUUCAUGUACGGUAGAACUACAAUUAAUGGGAUUCGAUUAUUUGUUGUCUUAGUCAUCUGACGUAAAAGUCAAACAUGAUAUAAUUUAUUUGUCUCCUACACCAAUUAGAACACAGUUAUAAACUCCCCGCCGGAAAAUUUUACUUGAGGCCAAACAGAUCCAAUUGUCUCAAUAUUGUACAAUUUUUUAAAGAAGGAAGAGAUUUCAUAAAUCAGUUGUAAAUAUUAUCCAAAAUCAUCUACAAGACAGUGAGAAGGCAUUGGCACUGACAAUUUACGAACAUUGGAGGACAAGGUUUAGGUAAUCUUAAUGGGUCGGGUUGAUCAUUUGUGUUUUCGGCUUCCUUAUUCUGUAUGAGGCCGGUUUUAAUUAAACUGUGAGCUUCUAUAGUGGAUAUCAGGAUGGAUGAGGUCUUUCAUAUAAUUCAAGAUGAGAAUUUCCAACUCAAAAACAUAAUUAUCUUUGUGUUGCUCAUGGAAUAAUAGAGUGGGUAGAGGAUUAUCAUGCAUAUGUGUUUGUGCUUAAUUCAUGAGAUUGAAUACUGAAGUGCUUAACCAAUAUGUAACUAAGUCUGGAAGCCAAUUUCUUUGGAGGGUUACAUUGGGUCAUCAGGUGCAAGAGGAGAUUAGCUACAGAAUUGGAUUUGGCGUCACACAUUAUGAAGAUGUGAAUCUCGAAUUUAAUCCUGCUUUCAUUUAAUUCUCUGAUGGUACGGGAAGAUUAAGGUUUUCCGUUCCUAUACGUUCAACACAAAGUCUUGAAAUUCAUAUUCAUUUGUAGUAUAAACAGAAGAGUGGCCACCUAUUUAAUGAAAUCACUUUUGACUUUUUACAAUGAAGUUCAAUAUUUUGGAUACAACAUUAUACCUCUAUAGAUAAAGUCAUUGUACCUCUUCGAUCAUUUUAUUCCUUAAUUUAAGAGUAGAUAUAUUUUUUGUAACAUAGGUUUGCUUAUAAGUAACAAAUAACAUGAUGUGAAAUCCGGAUAGUCAUCAAUUCUAGAAAACAAUUACUUGCUUUCAAGUGUUGUUUGUAAAACCGUUUCUAAAUAAUUAUUGAAGGAAGUUUAUAUCUGAAUCAUAAUUUUAUAAGAGAUUACAAAAGAAUAAGGGAUUGUUAAAGUACUUUUAUAAAAACUUUAUAUUAAUUUAAAAAUUAUAUGCAUCAUACAUCGAAGAGAAUAAGUGUGUAAAGUAAAAUUUCAUUCGAUUGCAAUGAGCUAUUGUAAUGAUUUUGAAGUAUGUGGCGUGAAUUCGAAGUUGACGAAUUAUAUUUGUUCAUAUUUGCGAAUACAUGCGGCAACGAUUGUUAAAAAAAUUUUUAUUUAAUAUACUUGUAGUAAAUUAAAUAUACUCGCGUAUAUUAAAUUUAUGUAUCAUUUUUAAAUAUUUAUUGUCUCUGUAUACACACAUAUGUAUUCAUUUAAUGCUUUGUACCAAUGAAAUCAAUAACAUAGUGCGGGGCCAAUAAUAAUUUUAAUACGAAACAA